UUCACAUGUUUAUUGGGUAUUCAGGUUUAUCAACUCAGCCUCUCUUCUAGAGUGUCUACAUGUUUAUUGGGUAUUCAGGUUUAUCAACUCAGCAUCUCUUCUAGAGUGUCUACAUGUUUAUUGGGUAUUCAGGUUUAUCAACCCAGCAUCUCUUCUAGAGUGUUCACAUGUUUAUUGGGUAUUCAGGUUUAUCAACUCAGCAUCUCUUCUAGAGUGUUCACAUGUUUAUUGGGUAUUCAGGUUUGUCAACUCAGCAUCUCUUCUAGAGUGUCUACAUGUUUAUUGGGUAUUCAGGUUUGUCAACUCAGCAUCUCUUCUAGAGUGUCUACAUGUUUAUUGGGUAUUCAGGUUUAUCAACUCAGCAUCUCUUCUAGAGUAGUGUCUACAUGUUUAUUGGGUAUUCAGGUUUGUCAACUCAGCAUCUCUUCUAGAGUGUCUACAUGUUUAUUGGGUAUUCAGGUUUGUCAACUCAGUAUCUCUUCUAGAGUGUCUACAUGUUUAUUGGGUAUUCAGGUUUGUCAACUCAGUAUCUCUUCUAGAGUGUUCACAUGUUUAUUGGGUAUU